UUUAUAAAUUUCUCGGUGGAAAUUUCUAUUUUCGUUUCUUAAUUAAUUAGUUUCUUUUUUUAAAUAAAAUAAAAUAAAAAAUUAAAUAAAUUGGAAAAAUGGCGUCAAAAUGUUCUGGCAGAAGCAUCAUUGCCACUACUUGGAACGAACCUUUCUCAACUAAUGAAGCGUGGAGAGUAUUGAAAUCAACUGACGACCCGAUAGAGGCAGUAGUGGAAGGUUGCAGUUACAGCGAACGAAUUCAAUCAAGAGGGACUGUGGGCUAUGGAGGAAGUCCAGACGAAAAUGGUGAAACCACUUUAGAUGCCAUGGUUAUGGAUGGAUUGACUUUAGAUGUAGGUUGUGUUGGUGCCUUGAGGGAAAUUAAAGAUGUCACAAAGGUAGCAAAAAUGGUUCUUAAGCAUACUGAACAUUCCUUGCUCGUUGGAGAACUGGCAACCGAUUUUGCUGUAAAGAUGGGUUUCAAACGAGAAACAUUACAGACGGAAAAGUCAUUAGAAAUGUGGAGGAAGUGGAAGGAUGAACAAAACCGUCUGCCAAAUUUCUGGAAGAACCUGCCUGCAGACCAGCAGAAACGCGCUGCUGCUAAUCUGGCAGACAGCCACGACACCAUCACGAUGAUCGCCAUGAACCAGCUUGGUAGGGUGGCUGUUGGAUGUUCUACAAACGGCUUGAAGCAUAAGAUACCUGGACGAGUUGGAGAUUCGCCCAUCCCUGGUUCUGGGGCCUACGCCGACGAUGAAGUGGGCGGAGCUGGCGCAACCGGAAAUGGUGAUAUCCUAAUGAGGUUUUUGCCUAGUUUUCACAUGGUAGAAUUGAUGCGCAAUGGUAUGAAACCUUCAGAGGCAGCGGAGCAUGUAAUGAAGCGAAUGAAAAAACAUUAUCCAGAAGCUAGAGGGGCUGUACUUGGCCUCUCUAUAAGCGGGGAAUUUGGAGCUGCUUGUACUGGUUACGAAUGUUUUGAAUUCGUUGUAAGGAGAGAGAACGAUGAAGAUUCCGUCCUUUAUAAAGUUCCUUGCAUCUAAUUACGAUUUAUAUCUUUUGAUAUUAUUAUUAUUGUUGUUGUUAUUAUUCCGAUUAUUAUUAUUAUUGUUGUUGUUGUUAUUGUUGAUAUAGUAUUUUAUGACUUAUCUCCCAACAAUUCCCAUCCU